AUGCGAGGUGCGUUGCUGACGCCCUCCAGCCAACAUUGCGGCCUAAGACAAUUCCAAAACACACGGCCGAGCGCCAUAGAGUCGCGCUCGCCAAGCGCUUUCACACCCAACUCAUCCAGCAUGCUACUGCUGCAAACACACAGCAACUACGGUUCGUCCUUCACUGAUUUAUUAUCGCCGCAAUAUCAAGAAGACUCUACAGAAAUCUUAGAAGAGAAUUUAGACCCAUUCCCAGACGUUGAAUUUCACGCUCCGGACCCACCCGAAGUUAAAUCUCAUCGAGAUACACCCAUCAGCGAAGCCUUAUCUCCAACGCUUGGCCCAGCAUUGCCCAGUUUUGAAGAAACUUAUUCUGUCCGUUACCCAAAACAAGAAAUGGCAGAAUUCGGAAUAAAGAUGGAUGAGGACUGUUACAACGUGAGCGCUUAUCAAGGGCAUACGUCUACACAAUUGUUGUAUCAAUAUCAUCAACCAUCUAUUCCAUACGUGCCAGCGACAUAUUAUGCACCGGCACAGCAAUGCAGUCCUACAUUUGAUACUGGUGGUGUGACCCCAACUUCAGACUCUUACUCAUUACCUCCGUUUCCAAGCACGGUGGAUUUACACAUAUCAACUGAGCAAAGUGCAAGGCAACGUCGAGCUUCAUUACCUGUUCAACGAUCAGAAUCAACCAGCUCCAACGAUAGCCCAAAAAUUCCUGCUAAUCGAGUUCAUUGUAUGCAAGCGUCUGCACCCAGCUCAGCAUCAAGUUCACCUGGUGUAGCCCCGCCAGAUGGUCCUGGUCACCGUGCUGCACCCUCGUCCCCAAGUCAACUGUGCGCUGUUUGCGGUGAUACCGCCGCCUGCCAACAUUACGGAGUUAGGACUUGUGAAGGUUGCAAAGGAUUCUUUAAAAGGACCGUCCAAAAGGGUUCUAAGUAUGUUUGUUUAGCUGAAAAAUCUUGUCCAGUAGACAAAAGAAGACGAAAUAGAUGUCAGUUUUGCCGCUUCCAGAAAUGUCUCAAUGUAGGAAUGGUCAAGGAAGUCGUACGAACAGACUCAUUGAAAGGUAGACGUGGUCGACUGCCGUCGAAACCAAAAUGUCCGCAGGAAUCUCCUCCAAGUCCACCAAUAUCUCUUAUCACAGCGCUUGUAAGGGCUCAUGUUGAUACAUCGCCGGACUUUGCUAAUCUCGAUUAUUCUCAGUACCGAGAACCCAAUCCUAUGGAGCAUCCUAUGUCCGACUUGGAAGUAAUCCAACAAUUUUAUACUCUUUUGACUACAUCAAUCGAUAUGAUCAAAAUAUUUGCUGACAAAGUGCCAGGUUAUGUAGAGUUAUGCCCUGAAGACCGAGAACAAUUAUUUGCAUCAGCUCGGUUGGAACUCUUCGUAUUACGACUUGCAUAUCGCACGCGUCCAGAAGACACCAAGUUAACUUUCUGCAAUGGCGUCGUGCUCGAUAAGCGACAAUGCCAGCGUUCUUUUGGCGAUUGGCUUCACGCCGUGCUAGACUUCAGCAACACCCUGCAUUCGAUGGAUAUAGACAUAUCUACAUUUGCUUGUCUAUGCGCAUUGACAUUAAUAACAGAGAGACACGGUCUCAAAGAGCCUCACCGUGUAGAGCAGUUACAAAUGAGAAUAAUCGGGUGCCUGCGCGCGCACAUGCCAGGUGGUGGUACCACCAGCGGUGGUGCGCCCCAUUUUAGCCGCGUGUUGGGUGCUCUACCUGAACUGCGCUCGCUAUCGGUGCAAGGACUGCAGCGUAUCUUUUACUUAAAGCUCGAGGACCUAGUGCCAGCACCACCGUUCAUCGAAAACAUGUUCCGUUCCAGUCUGCCUUUCUGA